ACUUUUUGGUAUUUUACGUUACUCUAUUAAUUUGAGGUGAAGAGGUGGAAAAGGGUUUUUUUUUCAUAUCCGAUAUAUUUUUAUUCGGGGUAGUCGAGAUCACGUUGGAAAUCUGGAAUCUUUGUCAAAUCGGGCAUUCGUACAUACGUUAAGUACGUUUGAUACUCUAUCUAUAGAGAUUUAGGAAAGGUUCAAGGGAGAUAUUACUUUUCAAGACCUUUCCAAAAGACAAAAAGAGGCAUCAAAAUUAUCAAUUAAUUUCAAAAUGGCGACGAGGAAUUCACGGUAAGUUGUUUUUUCUCUACUUCUACUUCCGAAGUUGAGCUUUCGUUGUGGUUGGUGCAUAGAACGCACGGAGGUAUGAAUCAGGGGUAAAGUUUUUAUAUUGGGGAGAUAGAUGACUGAUUUGAUUAUUGAUGAUUUUAGGAGAGAUUAUCACAUCGUCGUUUUGGGUGCUGGUGAGUUUCUUUCCCCUUUACUUUGUCCAUUCAAUCAUUCACUUCAAGGAAAUUCCAUCACGAAAGAUGUCAAACGAAAGAUAGGAUGUUGAUGGCUAAUUAUUUUUCUUUAUCUUCAAAGGUGGUGUUGGCAAGAGUUGCCUAACCGGUAAGGAUCAUUUUUGCUUAUUUACCGAAACCUUGACCCACUCUCCGCCGGGGACUUGAGGUUGGGGGUUUGAAAUUUUGAAGAUUUCCGUGGGAGAAACCGUGGAAGGGAGAAUGAAAGGAACAUUCGCGUUAUAGCAGAGGAUGCAAGAUACGCAGUGGAGUGCUGAUUUGUGAUUGUGUCUUUCAGCGCAAUUUGUUCAGAAUAUUUGGAUUGAAAGUUAUGAUCCAACGAUUGAGGAUUCAUAUCGGAAGAUAAUUGAAGUCGAUGUGAGUGUUUUGGGGGUUUUCUCCGUCUUGGCGACUGGGUGAAAGAGGGAGUGGGAAUAUGCUAACAAAUUUUUGGACGAAUAGGGACGACAAUGCAUGUUAGAGAUGUGAGAUUUAGCUUAUUUUUUUUAAUGGGUUGAAGAAUUUGAUAUUGAUUUAUAUGUUUAGAUUAGAUACUGCGGGUACCGAACAAUUCAGUAAGUCUUUUCCUCCAUAUCACAUGAUAUACAUACAUCAACUAACAUCGUUUCAGCUGCCAUGAGGUACAUACAAUCCAAUUUCAAAACCUUCAUUCAACCCUCCCACUAACUUGCUUGUCUCAGAGAACUUUACAUGAAAACUGGUCAAGGAUUCCUACUCGUCUUCAGUAUCACAUCACAAAGCUCCCUAAACGAACUCAGCGAACUACGCGAAACUAUCAUACGUAUAAAAGAUGAUGAAAAUGUUCCAAUAGUAAUUGUGGGCAAUAAAAGUGAUUUAGAGCAAGAUCGAAUGGUUAGUAGACAAGUGGCUUUUAAUGUUAGUCAAAGUUGGGGAAAUGCGCCAUAUUAUGAGACGAGUGCUAGGAGGAGGGGUGAGUUUAUUAUUUUCUUUACUUGGAAUUUGUGGGAUUGUUGUGACAAGCGCGAGGCAUAUGAUGAAAUGUAGUAGAAGGAAAUGACCGGGUUUGAUGAGCUUUGCUAAUAAAUCUGGAAAAUAGCAAAUGUAGAUGAAGUCUUCAUAGAUCUUUGCAGGCAAAUUAUUCGUCGAGAUAAUAAUCGAUCGACGCCGGAAUGCGAUGAUGAGGUUCAUUCGCCGGUGGAUAAAAAACAUCAUAGGAUGAGGAGGUUGGGGAGAUGUGUUAUUUUAUGAAUUUUUUGAGUUGAGGGGGUGUAUGAUGAUGGGUUGGUGGGUGGGUGGAUGUGGUAAUUUGACGAUUUGGAAUGGGAGGGAGUGAAGGGGAGGAAGAAAGAAAGAAAAGAUAAAAGAUGGAUUGGGAAAUUUGGGAUUUGGGGUUUGCGGAAGUGAUUUAGAGUUGCUUAUUGUUGUGUAGGUGGAUGUGAAUAGUUGGGUAGGUGGAUAGGUGGUUAGAUGUGAUAGUGAAUGGAUGAAGUUUUUGGAUGUGAGCUUGGACUUGGGCUUGGAAUUAUGGUUUUGUAUGUGGAAAAUUGGGAUGGGGGAAGGAUGGGCAGGGCGGAUGUUAUUUGAAGUAAAGCGGAAAUGCAAGAGAUAUAAAU